AUGGAUGCCCAAAAUGUCGAAUCGUACCUCAUUUGUAAUCAUGGUCGUCGUGCAUUAGUUACUUAUCGUUCCGUAAAAAAAUACUACAUUCGUAUUGAAACUGUUCGAUUAGAUAUUCAUUACCUCAAGACUUGUCGUUCUAAAGAUAUUAUACCGGGUUUUUUGUGGUUCAAGACUGCAAAUGAAAACCUUCGAUCAUCACAUGAAUAUAGAGAAAGUCAGCGCCGUCUUUUAAAUGCUGAAGUCGACUAUAAGUACCAACAUCUAAAUAAUGUCAAAACAUCGUAUCAAACAUCACUUAAUCUACUUCGAGAAUGUUGUCCCGAAAACAUAUUUCAAAGUUUACAGGAAAUAAUUACCACCAUCUGUAAACCUAUCUUGGAUAAGAAAAAAAAAACGAUCGAAAACAAAUUAUAUAAGCUUCAUUAUGUCAAUGAACCAAAACGCAACGUCGAUCGUGGAGUUGUCAAAAAUCUCUCGACACGAGUAUUAUCUGAUGAUGAAAUCGAUUGUCUUGCUCAUGGUCUUGAUUAUGGGUUACUUCCAAAAAAUUUUGAUAAUAUGAACGCUGUUGGAAAUAUCGAACGAUUUUUCCAUAACGUUACAGACAUAUUUCAAAAACAGAAGAAGCUCAUGGCAGACUUGAAAGAGAAAGAUGUAGUCAUACAGAAUGAUGUUCGUGUUUUGAGCAGCAAAGAAUUAACGUUAGCUUGUAAUCUACGUAGUUUAACAGACUCAUUCCGUUCACAAGCUAAUCGAUAUCAACAACAGAAACAUCUUAUUCGAACCGAACAAAAAAAAUACCAUCAAUUAUUAAAACAACUGAAACAAGACAAGUCUAUAAUCGUCACUCGUCCUGAUAAAGGGCGAGGAAUUGUACUACUUGAUAGAAAUGAUUAUAUCUCAAAAAUGAAUGCAAUCCUUAGUGACACAACCAAGUUUUCUAGUCAUUUUGAUGAUCCUACGAUCCAAAGAGAACGUCGUUUGACAACUUUGUUGAGUAGAUUGAAAAAAGACGGUCAUAUUACCGAAGAAUUUUACGACAUGGCUCGACCAACUGGAUCGAAUCCUGGGCGACUCUAUGGGUUGCCCAAAACACACAAAACAGAUGUUCCUCUUCGACCAGUUCUUUCAUCUAUCGGAACAUAUAACUACGGUCUUGGUAAGGUGCUGAAACAAAUGUUGUCAAAUAUGAUACAGAACGAGACAGUCAUUAAGGAUUCCUUUGCAUUCGUUAAGGAGUUAAAAUCAUUAUCUAAAUUGUCACAAUGCAAGAUGGUCUCAUUCGAUAUUGUUAGUCUUUAUACCAACAUACCUCUUGCUGAAACAAUACAAAUCAUUUUGGACCAUCUAUAUAAAGAUCGGACACCACCAACAACAAUACCUAGAGAUGAUAUGAAGAAAUUGUUGGAGUUUGCCACACAAGAUUCACAUUUCCUCUUCAAUGGUAAAAUAUACGAUCAAAAAGAUGGAGUUUCUAUGGGAUCGCCUUUGGCACCUCUUCUUGCUGAGAUUUUUCUCCAAGAUUUCGAAAAGAAACAUCUUUCAUUAUUUAAAGAAAAGGGCAUUGUAUAUUGGAAACGUUAUGUCGAUGAUACCUUUGUAUUACUUGAUCCAAAAGUUUCUGCUAAGGGCAUUGCCGCCCAACUAUCACAAUGCCACCCAUCCUUGAAAUUUACCUGCGAAGAGGAAUAUACAACUAUGAAAAAGGAUUUAAGUAAAGAAGGUUCAUCGCAAAAGAAAUUUUCACAUAAAAACCAAUACACAGCCGAGAAGAGAGUUUCAACUGAAGAAAAAAAGUCAACUCCUAGAAUUGCGCUUUCAUUUCUCGAUGUACUUGUUGAAAGACAACCAGGCAUCGGCUUUCAAAGUCGCAAGUAUAGGAAGGAGACAUUUACUGGUCUGCUUACAAAAUGGGACAGCUUUGUACCAAAACAGUAUAAAUAUAAUGCAAUUUCAACAAUGGUUUAUAGAGCUACGAGAAUAUGUUCAACUUAUGAAGCUCUUCAUGAUGAAUUUGAGAUCAUUCGUGGAUUAGCAUUAGAUAAUGGGUAUCCAGUUCCCUUUGUCGAAUCCAUAAUUCGAAGGCAACUUAAUCUUAUAUAUACACCACCUGCAAUCACACCAACAGCAUCUGAAACAGAUACCGUAGUCUUGAGAGUACCUUAUUAUGGGAAACCAAGCCAAAUAUAUGCUAAACGCGUUACGGCAGCAGUCGCUAAACAAUAUCCUAUAAAACAGGUACGAGUUGUUUAUGAUGUAACAGCCCGAAUCAGUCAGAACUUCACCACCAAAGACCAGAUACCAACAGAACUAAAAUCUGGCGUUGUUUACGAGGCAACUUGUCCUCAAUGCAAGGAGCAAUAUAUUGGAAAAACCUGCCGUCAUUUGAAAACACGAAUGAAUGAACACUUAGCAGAACAGAAAAAAAUAUUAUCUCCAACAGUAAAAGUACCUGAACCAAAAUUAAAUUCGAAUGUGUCAUCAAAAAAAGUAAUCGGUAAUCACAAUUUACAUCUGAUGAUGACCAGGUCAAAAUCACAUAUGAUAAAUAUUGAAACCAAUCAACGAAAAUUAUUACCUAAAGCUCUAACAAAAGCAGGUAAUAAUCAGAAACAAACAGAAACAACGAACACAACAAACGAAACCAAAAUCCACAUGACUCGGUCACAAACUAAAAAAGUACCAUUUAUUAAAACAGAUUGCAAAAAAGUAGAAACUGAUGAGCUUCUACAAAGCGUGAUUCAAGUAGACAAAAAGGCAAAUAACAUGAUUCCUAAAUCUGCCUUGGCCAAACAUUUUGUCUCUACUGGACAUGCUUUCACUACCGACGACUUUAAAAUUUUGUUGUCCGAUCGACAUCGGUACCGAUUAUUAAUCAAAGAAUCUAUAUUGAUAAGACAAAGAGAACCAAAGCUUAACGGUACUGAUCGAUCAAUACCACUGUAUAUCUUUCCGGAUGGAAUUUCAAAAAACACCAAACCACCAUCAAAAUCACUAAGAGAUGCACCAAUUCCAGAAAAUUGA